AGAUCUUGUGGAAUACAACUGUUGUUGCCUUCAGUGACUUUAUCUCAGCCUGGUUAGAGCAUGUUUUUUGAGGCGUCGUUUGUCUCGUAUGGACUGUCAAAAUGGAUGCUAUAAAGCCAACGUUUAAAGUGCUGAAAAAGCGUCGCUCAAGUCUUUUUGCUACCAUAAAACGGGAGCUGAGCUUUUCACAGAAUACCGAAGAACAGGAGUGUGAGUUUCCCUUUUCCCAGGACAGCUCUGUGAAACCUUGGACAUCUAUGGACAAUCUCGAUGCUUCUGUUUCCACUAAGCGUGAUAAGGUUAAGCGCAAAGACCCACCAAAUCCAAGGCUGCCAAAUGUUGUCAACCUCAACGUGGGAGGAAAUGUCUUUCAUAUCCCAAUGGACAUCGCUCUUCGAUACCCCAAAACCAGGAUCGGAAGCCUGGCCCUUUGUAACGAUCCAGUUAAAUGUCUGACACUUUGUGACGAUUACAAUGUUCAGAACAAUGAGUUCUUUUUUGACAGAGACCCUACGUUCUUCCACUACAUCUUCCACUUCUACCGCACCAACGUCCUGCGGGUGAUGGAUGGUCUCUGCCCUGUCAACUUUGAGGAAGAGUUAAAGUUCUGGGGAUUAAAACUGAAGCACAGCCCAAGGUGCUGUCGCAUUGUAUAUGAGGAGAAGCUGGACAGCAUCAGAGACCAUCUGAGGGUCAACCAGGAGCUGAUUGAUGAGAUUAAACCGCACCAUGAUGAUGAGGGCUACAAGACCAUGUUUCUUGGAGAUUUUCGGAAGGUCCUCUGGGACCUGAUGGAGAAUCCGUACUCCUCAACAUCUGCCAAAGCCUUUGCUGUGUUUUCAAGUCUUUUUGUGCUCAUCUCUAUUGUUGCAAUGACUCUGAAUACUGUGAAAGAACUCAGGGAGUAUAAAGUAGCUGGCAAAACCUAUAUAGAGUGGGUCGAGAUUGGUUCUAUUCUUUUCUUCACCUUGGAGUACUUUUUGCGGUUAGGAACUACAUCCAACAUCAAACACUUUGUGAAGAGCGCUCUCAACUUUGUUGAUGUGGUAGCUGUUAUGCCCUACUUCAUCCAGCUCAUGUUUGAGGCAUUUGUUAUAGAUGCCGAAGACUUCAGUGCACAGGAAGACUUGAAGGCCAUGGCCAGAGUCAGCAAAGUCAGUAAAGUGCUCAAGGUUGUCAAGCUGAUGCGCAUCUUCCGUAUCCUGAAGCUUGCCCGUCACUGCACAGGCAUGAGAGCGUUUGGUUUCACCAUCCGCCAGUGUUCUGAACAGGUCUGCUGCCUCUUCCUCUUCAUUGCCAUGGGCAUCUUCACCUUCUCUGCUCUCAUGCACUCUGUGGAGGUGGAUCAGCCCGGCACCCCGUUCAGCAGUAUACCUGACGCCUGGUGGUGGGCAGCGGUCAGUAUCUCUACUGUUGGCUACGGUGAUGUCAUCCCCAUCUCCUAUCUCGGCCGCUGUGUGGCGUUCGGCUGCAUCUCCUUCGGCAUCAUCCUCAACGGAAUGCCCAUCUCCAUUCUGUUCAACAAGUUUUCCGACUACUACACCAAACUGAAGGAACAGGAAUACACAUUUUCAAACAAAGAACGCACCUUCCAGCUGAGGAAACGUCUGAAACGGAAAAUGGACAACUGUUUCCAGCACGAGCUAGAGGACUCAGAUGACGAGUUCUGCUAUCGUCCGAGCUGA